AUGAUGAUAAUGGCUUAUGUUAAUAAAAAAACAACGAUUGCUGCGCGUGAACCAGCUUAUUUGUCCGUGGAAUUAAAUGCACAUAAUUUAUUAUAUUUAAUUUUACUUGUUCAACAAAAGCAACUACCACCACAAUCAUUAUAUAUUCAUACUUUUAGCUCGCAAGCCUGUGAAUCAAUUUUUCGAAACACGCGCGCAUUAAGUGGAGUUUAUUCAACUAUAGUCAACUUCACUGUACAUGAUUUUUUACGACGUGCUCAAAGAUUGUCACUACUUAAUGAUAUUAAAUGCAAGCAUUUAAAUGAUACAUCAGUUAAUAAUUUAGUAUUUCCAGUUCAUUACAAACAUCGACAUGAUAAUCAAUCAUUAGCUACACAAAGUCAAGCAGAGGUUGAUCUAAUAGAUGUCGAACAAAUCAUUACCGAGGCUUAUCAUGAAGCAAUUUAUAUGCUUAAUGGCUUAGAAAUAUUGAAUUUACUGAACGAUAAAAAUGUUCUUGGCUUAAAACCAUUAAUUGAAUAUGUAUUUAAACAGUUAAAUUCAAAUUCAAAGAUGUACGACUACUCAUCUCAACUCAACCAGACAGAUGAUGGAGAAUUUGAAAUAGCUGAUGAUGAUGAUGAUGAUAAUGAUGAUGAUAAUGAUGACGAUAAUGGAACAGCAGCUGAUCUUAACAGUAAUGAUGGUUUUUCCUCAAAUGAUGGUUACGAUGAUGAUGCUGAACAAGAUAAUACUCGAAAUUUAAUAAAUACAACAAAAGAAGAAUUUUCUGGAAUGAAAGUUUUUAAUAUGGUGCAACCACAUAUAGAACAUUCUUAUUUUAAAGCUACAAUCAAUGAUAACAUAAAAUAUAUGCAUAAGCAGACUGCUUGUUGGUUAUUAACUGGUGAAAAAAGUAAAAUGUCAACCGAUCGAUUGCUUCGAGUACAACAGAUUAAUAAAAAAAGUUGA